CACCCUAAUUGCUUAUUAUAUAACUGCCUCCACUCAUGAUCCACGACUCGAUCCAGAAAAAAGCCCGCCAUUGACUUCCAAACCUCACCGGCCACCGCUUCCAACCACCACGUGGCGGCACCCGAUUGGACGCUGCCCAGCAGUUGUUCCCCGUCUCGUCAAGCAAGCUUAGGUUUGUUUAAAUAGCUCUCCCCGAGAAAAUCUGUUAUGCCGGCCGGCGACAACAACUCUUUUCCGGGAUCAGUAGCCAUCGCUCUCGCAGCCAUUAUAAUUCCGAUCCUCCUCAGCAUUUUCGCCCGGAAUCCCCCAAUUUCUCGGCGACCAAGCAAUCCCAAUCUCACAGUGAAAGACCCUAAUUUCUCCGCCGACAUGGACGGGAUUCGGCACAGCAAUCUGACCCUCAACGGGAUAAACGUCCACGUGGCGGAGUCGGGCCCGGCCGACGGCCCCGUGGUCCUCUUCGUCCACGGAUUCCCGGAGCUCUGGUACUGCUGGCGCCACCAGAUGGCCGCCGUGGCCUCCAACGGCUACCGCGCGGUGGCGCCGGAUCUGCGAGGGUUCGGCGAUACCGACGCGCCGGCCGAUCCGGCGAGCUACACGGCGCUCCACGUCGUCGGCGACCUCGUGGCGCUGAUCGACGCGGUGGCACCGGAGGGGCAGAAGGUUUUCGUCGUCGCCCACGAUUGGGGAGCUUACAUGGCUUGGUAUCUGUGCCUUUUCAGGCCCGAUAAGGUCAAGGCGCUGGUCAACAUGAGUGUUCUAUUCAAUCCCCGGAGCCCUAAUCGGAAACCUCUUCCGACCUUGAAGGCUUUCUUGGGCGAUGAUUACUACGUUUGCAGGUUUCAGGAGCCGGGAGUUAUAGAAGCAGAAUUUGCAGAGCUAGGUACAGAGAGGGUUCUGAAGGAGUUCUUUGCUUACCACACACCAGCUCCCCUCUACAUGCCUAAGGGCAAGCCAUUCGGCCACUCGCAGGACGCGCAAAUCGCACUGCCACCUUGGCUGUCGGAGGAAGAUCUCAAGCACUACACCGACAAGUUCGAGAAGACGGGCUUCACCGGAGGAUUGAACUAUUACCGGAACAUCGACCGGGAACUGGGAACUGACUGCGCCGUGGCAAAGGGACCAAGUGAAAGUGCCGGUGAAGUUCAUCGUCGGAGAUCAGGACCUUACCUAUAACACUGGGAACGCCAGAGACUACAUUGGCAAAGGGGGGUUCAAGAGGGACGUUCCGUUUCUGCAGGAAGUGGUGGUGAUGCCUGGCGUCGGCCAUUUUCUCAACGAAGAGAGGGCCGACGAGAUCAACAGCCACAUCGUCGAAUUCAUCCGCAAGUUCUGAUCUGAUUCUUCCGUCGGUGAUCUGAAUCGUGUUCUUGUUGUGUAUACUACCUGAAACUUGUUCAGUGUGGUUGAAACGAAAGCUUGUUGGCAAUUCAACGCCUCGGUUGUGAAAAAAAAAACAUCUGUAACUUGCGGGUACAGAAUGUGAUAUGUCUUUACUUGCAAGCAAAGUAUGCAUAUAAAUAAAGGAAUCUACAUGUGUUCACAGAAAUCUCUUCUUCUAAUCCCUUUUGUAGGGAAACAUUGAUCAAUUGCUUUCGUGAACCACGUUCUGAUUCCGCCUAAUAAUCGCAAACUUUGCCACAGAGAACCGAGUUAGCAGGUCCUUAUCAAUUGUACCUGAAAAAAUUGGAGAUGCCGUCCGGCAUCGAGUUUCUUCAUCGGAAAGUAGUGAUACUAGCUGUUGACGGCAAAUAUAAUGCCCAAUCUUGCUCGUGAUCACCAGCAUUUUCUCAGCGUCCAAACAUUCUUCCUGCUACACAGACCCAGCCAGCGGGCCCAGGAUCCUCUUCCUCCAAGGAACGGGUUGUGAUGGGAGGCGUCGGCCAUUUCUUCGCAGCAACCACAUCGUCGACUUCAUUCGCAAGUUCUGGUUUUAUCCUCCCAAAAUGGUAGGCGAAUAAGGUUAUUACACAAAGCAAACGAUUCAUUGACAGACAAUACAAUGCGUUCGUUUUUCUUGUUAUACAGACUUUGCAAAUGUAGCUAAUUUGACAGCCAUAGUUUAGCCAUCGUCUGCAAUCGUAUCCGAUGUGAACUAAAUUAGGAAGAUAUUUGCUUCAUGAUCAAGGCUUUCACCAUGGUUCUUUCCCUGUUUAUUGUGUGGAUGUUCUAUGAUUCAAACAUCUUCUCAGGUUGGAAAUUCACCCACACUGUUCUUCUCUAGAGAUUCAAGAUGCUGCAGAAGAGACAUACUUGACAGAGCAGGCAGCAAUUUGGCUGCCAGACAGACACUAUGGAGGAGAGGUGAUGGUGAUCAAUUUCCGGGCCUCUUGCGUUUCUCGCAGUUGAACUGGACAUCAACUAGACCCGUUAUUCCAGCAGUUACCUUCUGACCUGCUUUCACUGGGCUAACACCUGGAGGAGUGCCUGCCACAA